GUAAUAUGUUUUACUUAAUUAGUAUAGGUAAAGCUCUCAGUGCCUCACUGUUUAAAACAAGGCAGUUGUCUUUAAGUCACUAUGCGUACAAAAUUACACAAAAAUGUAAAAAAAAUUACAAUUGUAGUUCUUUAAUUAUUUAUCUAAAUGGCAACCCUGCUUUACAUUCGAAGCGUGUUUUUCAGUAGAUAGAAAAGAUAACGUACGUACAUGUGGUAGUGAUUUUGAUUUCUUGAAUAUGAAUUUCUUUCUUCUUAUUCGUUUAAUUUUGAAAUAAAGCAAUGGGUGUUUGAUUUUUAUCUAUCAGAAAAUGAAUUCCGUUUUGUUUUAGUUUAUUUAUUCACAAAAUCAAUUUCGAUUUUUAGUAUUUACAUUAAAAUGUGAAGUGAUGAUAACAAAGUGAUGUGAAUUUUACUGAAGGGUGGUGAAGAAUUAUUUACUGAAUCUCAUUUAACCUGUUCAUAGUUCUGUUGCUCAGAUAGAUAUUCGUGUUUGCGUGUUUAACUUGAAUCUCCAAAAUGAAAAUUUUAGCAGGUGUGAUUGGCUUGAUGACAAUAUUGGCGUGUUUCAUCGUGUAUGCUGCAGAUACAGAUAAUACGAGUACAACUACAACAAACCUCGCAAACUCUUCAGGCAGUCGUUUCGAAUCUGAUCUACCUGCAAUCUUCAACAAAGACUUCUUGAAUAAUCUCCCUCCUGAACAAAAUGUCACCGAAAAGUUCCAAACCGACGAAUUUAGUCUCGAUUACCAGAGAAUUGCUGGUCGAGAUGCUCACCUCAAGUGGAAGAAAGGAAACGACUCGGUUGAAAUGCAUUUCAGAUUUUCAGAUGGAAAUGUACGCCAAAUCUGGAAUCUCACAGGAGGCGCCGUUAAUAUUAGUUUAAUAGCGACUCCUCCUAAAGAUAAGGUACAGAAUUGGGCUUUCGGUAAGUAUCAAUAUUCCUAUGUAAAAUUAGCGAAAGGUGAUUUCUCUACAUCAUGGGUUGCGAAGGGUAUUCAGUUGGGUAAAACAAAAGCAGUAGACUGGGAAUCGUCGGAAAUUUACAAGAAUCUUAUUAACGAGUGGUGUGAUAAAAAUUCAUUUUUAGUCAAGGAACGUAAUAAAUGUGUUAUUUAUUAAUUAGAAGUACGUAGCUAUUUAGGCUUGGUUAUAUAUUUGGUAUUGUUACAUUGAUAUUGUAGAGAAAAUAAUACAUAUAGAUCCCAUA